AUGAAGAAGGGAAAAGGUGGAGAGAAACAUGAGUAUCAAAAGAGUGCACAGGUAGCACCAGAUCACUAUAACGAUAGCGAAGGGGUUAUUGCCAAUGGCAGCUGCCACGAAGCCGACAAUGCUUCACACACUUCAGAAGACUUCGAUUGGGAGAAGCCGCCAGCCUACGAGUUUCGCGGGUCUGGUCCAAACAUCGAGACGAGUGUUGUUGCUCAAGAUGAUGGGAGAGUUGCCAUAAAUUUCAUCGCCACUGAGAAGCUACCCAUUCCAAUUCCAGCAAAGCCAAAUUCUUAUACCCCACCCAAUAUUACUAACUCAAAGUCACCGUUUUUGAACAUCGUGAUUCAAAUCGUCGGUAGCAGAGGCGACAUUCAACCAUUCAUUGCCUUGGGAAGCGCGUUACGAACAGCAGGGCAUCGUGUGAGAAUUGCAACGCACGAUGUUUUCCAAGAUUUCGUUAAAGCGACCGGGUUAGAAUUUUUCCCUAUCGGUGGAGAUCCGGCAUCCCUUAUGGCCUACAUGGUUAAAAAUCCAGGAAUAAUCCCAAAAUUCGAAACAUUCAUGAGCGACGUGUGCGGUUUCUUCUUUAGAGGAGAACCAGAUUAUACCCCUGAUGCGGAACUAGACAAUUUCUUGAGAAGUGGUCCACCGCCUGUAUAUAUUGGCUUCGGUAGCAUUGUUCUUGACAGCCCAGAGAAGUUGACUAAUAUCUUGAUCGAAGCUGUUCGAGCUUGCGGGACAAGAGCAAUUAUCUCCCGUGGUUGGAAAUGGCUGUUCAAGCACGUAUCUUGCGUUGUACAUCACGGUGGUGCUGGGACCACGGCAUGCGGUCUUCUCAACGGACGCCCAACAGCCAUUGUUCCGUUCUUUGGCGACCAAGCAUUCUGGGGACAAAUGAUCGCCGCAGCAGGUGCAGGACCACUUCCUAUCCAUCACAAAUCUCUCAACCAAGGCAAUCUCACAGAAGCUAUUCAGUACUGUUUAACAACCGCAGCAAUGAGCGCAGCCGUAGAAAUCUCACAGAGGAUGAGACAAGAAAGUGGUGUUCAGAGGGCGGUACAAUCCUUCCACACAAAUCUUUCAGUAGAUACCCUCCGCUGCGACAUCCUUCUCAAUCAAGCUGCUGUAUGGCAAUACAGUAGUAAGAGUAAGAACGGACCAAAAAAGACCAUCAAACUAUCCGAUGAAGCUGCUUUCAUACUUGUAGAGCACAAGAAAAUCGACCCAAAGCUUUUGAAGCUGUACCAACCUAAACCAAUCUCGAUCGAAAAUUUUCGCUGGGAUCCAGUAUCAGCCGGGACCCAGGUUCUUCUCAGCACUAUGACCGACUUCACCAUUGGCUUCAGCGAGAUCUUCACCGGGCCCGCGAAUGCCUUUCGAAGCAAAGAAAACGGCGGGGGCGGUAGGGAAGCAGCUAAGACUUUUGGGAAGGGGUUUGGAAAGAUGGUGGGUGUUGUUCCAAAAGCUACACUGGUGGAUUUUCCGUUGGCUUUGACGGAGGGUCUGCAUCACAUGCCUAGGUUGUAUGGUGAUGAGGUAAGGGGUCAUGGCAAGGUUAAGGAUUGGAAAAGUGGUGGUGUUGUAGCUGGAAAGAAUUUCGGCUACGGAUUCAUGGACGGUCUGUCUGGUACAAUCACCAAGCCCUACAAAGGUGCUAAAGAAGGCGGCUGGGCCGGUUUUGGAAAGGGAGUGGCGAAAGGAGCAAUGGGGCUAGUCACUGGACCUGCAUCAGGCAUGUUUGGUCUCCUUGCGUAUCCCUUUCUAGGAAUGUAUAAAUCCAUUGCUACGUCUUCGCUGUCGCGCACUGAGAAGAAGAUUAUACUUGCGAGACAAGUGUAUGGGAGUUAUAUGGCGAGGGAGAGGGAGAGAAAGAAUGAGAGAGGGGGUGAUGGCGGGGAGGGGAUGGUGCUGGCGGGGUGGGAGAGGUUGAAAAUUAGUGAUUCCAAAUUGCACAUGAAUGAGAGAGUAUGA